CUGCAGCAGUGUAAAACAGGCGGCAUAUGCAGCAGAUAUCGUGAAGAAAGAAUUCGAAGCCGCACUUGAUCCAAAAGCACGUAACCGCUUACAAUUCACCGCCGCAUUACCUUGUCGGCUCGGCCAUCGGCUUUCGAAAAGUAUUCGGAACAACAGCGCUGCUCCUUCGCCCGUCCCCGCCCCAACGCGUUCGCCCGGCACUGUAGCCAGCAACCCGCCGCUGUCCGCGGCCUCAGACCCCACCCGCAUCUGCUACUGGUCCGCUGUGGUGCGCUGCUGCAUUGCCGCUUCAACGCUCUGUUUUCUCCGUCCAUUGCAAAGUUGGUUUAGCCGCGGUGCCCACCCUCUGCUGUCGCCGUUUGACCCAUCGUGGUGAUUCAAUCCAAUCAAUUGCUCAAGUCCUAUUCACUGUAAGUACUCACGCCCUCGCCCUCCCUCUCCCACGGCGACGCGAACAGGCCAGCAAAGCAGAAACAGUCGCGCCAGCUGGUGCCAGCUGCUACAGCUGUCCCAGGUGGGCACGCAGCCGCCAUUGAAGCUUUGCUACCUUGAUUGCCACAGCACCCCACAUAAUUUGUACUAAUUGGCGCCCCAUCAUUGGCCGUACAGAUGCGGGGUCAACUCUACAAACCUCUGCGCGCCGGUGGUGCCAGGAAUAUAAGACCCCUCUUGCUCUCGCCGCGAUCGCCUGGCUCCCCUCCUUCCGCUUUGCCUCCUGUUUUUGCAGCUGCUUCCGCUGUUCCUCAUCUCAAAUCUUUAUUUUCUACAUCCACACAUUCCAAAAUGGCCGAGUCUAUGUGCCCUGCACUCCGCCAGGCCAACGUUGCCGGCGGCGGUACACGUAACGAGCACCUCUGGCCCAGCUCUGUCAGACUCAACAUCCUGCGCCAGCAGAACAAGGUGUCCAACCCUCUCGGCGAUGACUUUGACUACGCCGAGGCUUUCAAGAGCCUUGACUACGAGGGCCUAAAGAAGGACCUCACUGCCCUCAUGACUGAUUCUCAGGACUGGUGGCCCGCUGAUUUCGGCCACUACGGUGGUCUCUUCAUCCGUCUCUCAUGGCACGCCGCUGGUACCUACCGUGUCUUUGAUGGCCGCGGUGGUGGUGGCGAGGGCCAGCAGCGCUUCGCUCCCCUCAACUCUUGGCCCGAUAACGGCAACCUGGACAAGGCCCGCCGUCUCCUCUGGCCCAUCAAGCAGAAGUACGGUGACAAGAUCUCUUGGGCCGAUCUUCUUGUCCUUGCUGGCAACGUUGCCCUCGAGUCCAUGGGCUUCAAGACCUUUGGUUUCGCCGGCGGUCGCGCUGACACUUGGGAGGCUGACCAGGCCACCUUCUGGGGCACUGAGACCUCCAUGCCCAGCACUGCCGAACGAUACAACAACAACGACUCCAGCAACCCCAAGAACCUCCGCACCCCUCUCGGUGCCUCCGUCUUUGGUCUCAUCUACGUCAACCCCGAGGGUCCCGGUGGCAACCCCGACCCCGUCUUGGCUGCCCACGACAUCCGUGAGACCUUUGGCCGCAUGGGUAUGAACGACGAGGAGACUGCUUCUCUUAUUGCUGGUGGCCACACUUUCGGCAAGGCCCACGGCGCUGGCCCCGGCAGCAACGUCGGUCCCGACCCCAACGGCUCUGCUCUUGAGCACCAGGGCUUCGGCUGGAUCAGCCAGUACAAGUCCGGCAAGGGUGCCGAUGCCAUCACCUCUGGCCUUGAGGUUACCUGGACUAAGACUCCUACCCAGUGGAGCAACCAGUUCCUUGAGUACCUCUACAAGUACGAGUGGGAGCUCACCAAGAGCCCUGCUGGUGCCAACCAGUGGGUUGCCAAGAACGCCGAAGCCAUCAUCCCUGAUGCCUUUGACGCCAACAAGAAGCAGCUUCCCACCAUGUUGACCACCGAUCUUUCUCUCCGCUACGACCCCGCCUACGAGAAGAUCACCCGCAAGUUCCUUGCCGAGCCUGAGUACUUUGCCGACACCUUUGCCCGUGCCUGGUUCAAGCUUCUGCACCGUGAUCUCGGCCCCCGCUCCCGCUACCUUGGCCCUGAGGUUCCCAAGGAGGAGCUCGUCUGGCAGGACCCUCUCCCCGCCGUCGACCACGCCCUGGUCGACGAGGGUGACAUCAACGCUCUCAAGAACGAGAUUGCCAACAGCGGCCUCACCGUCUCCCAGCUCGUUUCCACCGCCUGGGCCUCUGCCUCUACCUUCCGUCAGUCCGACAAGCGUGGUGGUGCCAACGGUGCCCGUAUCCGCCUCGAGCCCCAGAACAGAUGGGCCGUCAACAACCCUGCCCAGCUCACCCAGGUUAUCGGUGUUCUUGAGCAGCUCCAGAAGCGCUUCAACGACAGCGGCAAGAAGAUCUCUCUUGCUGAUCUCAUCGUCCUCGCUGGUGCCACCGGUGUUGAGAAGGCCGCCCGCGAUGCCGGUCACAACAUCACUGUUCCCUUCACCCCCGGCCGAACCGACGCCUCCCAGGAGCAGACCGAUGUUGAAUCUAUGUCCGCCAUGGAGCCCUCCGUCGAUGGCUUCCGCAACUUUGGUGCCUCCACUGCCAACGUCAAGACUGAGCAUGCCCUUGUCGACCGCGCUGAGCUCCUUGGCCUCACUCCUCCUCAGCUCACUGCCCUUAUCGGUGGUCUCCGUGUCUUGGGUACCAACUACGACAACUCUGCUCACGGUGUUUUGACUCAGCGCCCUGGCGUUCUUACCAACGACUUCUUCGUCAACCUCCUUGACAUGGCCACCGUCUGGAAGCCCGAUGCUUCUGGCGAGCUCUACCAGGGUGCCGACCGCCAGACUGGCGCUGCCAAGUGGACCGCCACUCGCGUCGAUUUGAUCUUCGGUUCCCAGUCCGAGCUCCGUGCCAUUGCUGAGGUCUACGCCUCUGCCGAUGGUACUGCCCGCUUCGCCAAGGACUUCAUUGCCGCCUGGACCAAGGUCAUGAACGCUGACCGCUUCGACCUGCCCGCUGCUUCCCCCAGCCGCCCCCGUCUUUAAAUGAUGGGUUCAAAUUGUUACGACAAAAAAAUAAACAUUUCCUUUGUGCUUGUAUGAUGUAGAUAGCCAGACUAUCAAUAUGAUCUGUUACAUUUGGUACCUUUUCUAUCAUAACUUGACCGCGAUGCAAACCCGUAAAAACAGCAUACUCCCAAUCAAAAUACGCACAUAAAUGUGAUCCAUUCCCAUCAUAUGAAAGCCAUUAAUACAUCAAAUACCAAAAAUUACUCGUGGUUUCAAAACUAAGGUCGUAAAGAUACUGUGACUUAGAUAUCAUCAGCCUACCCGGUAGGCGAUAGCACAAAAGGAUCACAAUGGGU